AGGUUGAUUAUCUAUUUUUUCCAAUAACGAUGAUAAUAAUUCAAACAAUUUUAAUCAAUUUUUUCAUCAUUAUUGUUACCUGUUAUGAUAAUGAUAUUGAUGAAAAAUUUCCAAUAAAAAAUGAUCGUGUUGUUAUUGGUGUUUUGGCACAAUAUCCAUAUCAAGAUGAACAUCAAUUUAUAGUGGCUAGUUAUGUAAAAUUUUUAGAAAGUUCUGGUGCACGUGUGGUACCAGUAUUUUGUGGUCGUAAAUCAGAUUAUUAUGAAACAUUAUUACCAAAAUUAAAUGGAAUUUUAUUACCGGGUGGUGGUAGUCCAUUAGAUAAAGGACCAUAUGCUGAAACAGUUGAUUUAAUUAUUGAAACAAGUAAAAAAUUUUAUGAUGAAGGAAAAUAUUUUCCCAUUUGGGCUACUUGUUUAAGUUUUGAAAAAUUGAUUGUUCAUUUUUUGAAUGGUGAUUUACAAUGGAAAUCAAUGUGUCAUGCACAGAAUAUUGCAUUGAAUUUAGAGAUUGAAAAAUCAGUGAUUGACAAUCCAAAAUCUGUACGUAUGUUUCGUGAUAUGGAUCUAAUGAUGCCGAAUAUUUUUGAUAUUCUUCAAAAUAAUAACGUAACUCCUAAUUAUCAUAGAGUAUGUUUAGAAUUGGAUGAAUGGAAUAAACAUCAAGAAUUGAAAGAAAAUUUUCAAAUUAUCGGCCAUAAUUUAUAUAAAAAUUAUACAUUUGUAUCAAUGAUUGAACAUAAAAAAUAUCCAAUCUAUGCAUCAAUAUGGCAUCCGGAAAAAAUUCCAUAUGAAUUUGUCAUUAAUGAACAUAUGGGAAAUUUUAAUCAUUAUCUAAAGGCUAUAAUGGUUUCACAAUAUUUUGGUAAUUUUUUUGUUAAUGAAGCACGUCGUAGUUGUGGAAAAUUUGAUAAUAAAUUAGAUGAAAGUCAACAUUUGAUUUAUAAUUAUAAUGAAUAUCGUAAAUAUACUGGUAAUGAUGGUAAAUCAUCAUAUGAAGAAACAUUUAUAUUUCCAACCAAUGUAAAUAAUGGAUCAUCAUCAUUAUCAACAUUAACAAAAGGUUCGAUUUUGGUUCGAAUCAUAUUUAUAAUUAUACAAUUUUUUAUCUAUUUUAAUUUGAAAUUUGUAUAAAAUUAGGUUAUUAUAAUGAUAAUUAUUUUAAA